UUUAAAUGCAUCCUUCGGGUGUUUGCACUCCUUCUCUUGGGCCUGGGCACUUGUUGGUACAUUAUCAGCUCAGUGGUGCAGGGUCUUGCUAACUCCUAGCUUAUGCUCCAGUGGGUGGUGUUGUUGUAUUGUGUUGCUGUUUCUCAUUAUUCUCAAGUGUAAGAGAGAAGAAAGGUGCUGCCAAGAGAUUUUCCCAGAAGACUGCUCACUCUAAACCUGACAUCUGGGCUCUUAACCAUUCAAAGAUCUCCCCGCCCUGCAUCUGUUGCUGCACCUCUCCUCCUAUCCUGCCAACCUCCCACACGUGCUCAGUCCAUCAGAGGACCAGGUGGACCACGUGUCCACUCUCCUGAGAGGAAGAGGGGAACACACUUGAAGAGGAGGCUCACAGAAAAUGUUGCAAGAACGGGACAUGUGAAUUUCUUUUUUUUUUUUUUUUGUAGGAGUAGCUAGAGGAUGCAGAGAUUUUUUCCUUUCAUAACAUCCGAUGUGGGCAUGGAGGAUGGAUUGGCCGGGAGAGAGCUGCUCUGGGUGUGUCUGUGUGAAGUCACCAUAAGGAUUUUACUGGAGUAACUGGAGGAAACUAAAGAUCUGAAGAUGACGGGCCAGUCAGCGGAAAGAGAUCGGUCGCCUCACAAUCUGUCAGUGAAGACCACCUUAGAGGAGGAGAGCGAGAGAGCUGAGAGUAUUCUAAGCAGGGUGCCAUCUGUCUGUGAUGACACAUCCUCAGAGCUACAAAGAGUCGCUGCUCUUGAUCCUCACGGAGGCAAUUCCAGAAAUUCUUUUCAAAGAAAUGGAGCUAUCUCAAGACUGGUGAGCCUGGUGGUGAGACUGAGGGAAUGGGCACACAGGAGCCUGAUAGAGGAGGAGGAGCGGCCAGACUCCUUCCUGGAGCGCUUUCGUGGCCCCGAGCUGAGAACUGCCCCCAGCCGCAUCAGCAACACGCAACCAGAUGCCAAUGCCAAAGGGAUGUUUAAGAAAAAGUGGGAUUUAUUUGUGGUGUCCCCAUCCGAUAACGCGUACUACCGCUGGUUAUUUGUUAUCGCCACAGCGGUGCUCUACAACUGGUUCCUUGUUGUAGCGAGGGCAUGCUUUGACAAAUUACAGGUGGGCAAUUACAUCUGCUGGCUGGUGUUGGACUACCUCUCUGAUAUUGUGUACAUAAUGGACACUUGCGUCCGACUUCGCACAGGGUUCCUGGAACAAGGUUUGAUGGUGAAGGACCAUGUCAAGCUCAGAGACAGCUAUGUCCGAACACUGCAGUUCAAGCUGGACGUGGUGUCCAUCCUGCCCACUGACCUGGCGUACAUCUCCACUGGCAUCCACACACCACAACUCAGGUUCAACCGUCUGCUGCGCUUCCCACGCAUGUUUGAGUUCUUUGACCGCACUGAGACGCGCACAAACUACCCCAACAUGUUCCGUAUCUGCAACCUGGUGCUUUACAUCCUGGUCAUCAUUCACUGGAACGCCUGCAUCUACUACGCUAUAUCUAAGUCUUUGGGAUUGGGCUCGGAUACUUGGGUGUUCCCAAACAUCUCCAAACCUGAGUAUUCCUCCCUGACUCGGAGUUAUGUCUAUUGCCUGUACUGGUCAACUCUUACUCUUACCACUAUUGGAGAGAUGCCUGCACCAGUACGAGAUGAAGAGUACCUAUUUGUGGUCUUUGACUUUCUUGUUGGGGUGCUAAUCUUCGCCACAAUCGUGGGAAACGUUGGCUCUAUGAUUGCAAACAUGAAUGCCACCCGCGCCGAGUUUCAAGCUCGGAUCGAUGCCAUCAAACACUACAUGCACUUCCGCAAAGUCAGCAAAGAACUGGAGACACGUGUCAUUAAAUGGUUUGACUACCUCUGGACCAACAAGAAAGCGGUAGACGAGCAGGAGGUGCUAAAGAACUUGCCAAACAAACUGCGUGCAGAGAUUGCAAUUAAUGUACACCUGGAGACCUUGAAGAAAGUACGCAUUUUUCAAAACUGUGAGGCCGGACUGCUGGUGGAGCUUGUGCUCAAACUACGCCCGCAGGUCUUCAGUCCAGGUGACUACAUCUGCAGAAAAGGGGACAUAGGAAAGGAGAUGUAUAUCAUCAAAGAGGGGAAGCUGGCUGUGGUGGCUGACGACGGGGUCACCCAGUACGCUCUCCUCACCUCUGGCAGCUGCUUUGGGGAAAUCAGCAUCCUGAACAUAAAAGGUAGCAAAAUGGGAAAUCGUCGGACAGCCAACAUUCGCAGCUUGGGUUAUUCUGAUCUCUUUUGCCUCUCUAAGGAUGACUUGAUGGAGGCAGUGACCGAGUAUCCAGAUGCUAAGACUGUGCUGGAGGAGAGGGGCCGGGAGAUCCUGAUGAAGGAGGGUCUGCUGGAUGAGAACGCAGAGAGCGGCGGAAUGCAGAAAGAGGACACAGAGGAGAAGGUGGAGAGGCUGGAGUCCUCUCUGGACACCCUUCAGACUCGCUUUUCCCGCCUUCUCAGCGAAUACACACAUACUCAGCAACGGCUGAAGCAGCGCAUCACUCUGCUGGAGCGGCAGCUGAAUCAAACGGACUGUGGCGCAGAUGCAAAUGAUGACAUGGAUGCAAAUGCAGAGACGGUCAACGAAACAGACCCUGGGCCUGUUGCUCAUACAGAUGGGUCUCCUCAUCGGAAUAAUGUGCAAAAAGAGGGCAAAAAAAGCCCAACGUCAAAACAUUAGCCAAAUCACCAAGGAGCUUUUAGAUCCAUUUCUCCUGAAAUACUUUGAUUCAGACACAGUGAGAGUAUAGAAAAACUUCAUGACGUCCUUUUUCACUUCCAUUGUGAGGACGUUCUUUCAGUUUAGCUGAGUGUAAAGGGAUGUCUGCAUGUCAAUAAACAUGAAAAGAAAUGGACAAAACUGCUAUACCCAUGCAGUCUUUAACCGAUGUGUUGGAUGUGUGUGUCAAUGGUGGCUUUAAAGUUACUUCAUGGAUGCUUACUCAAGCUAAAGGAGGGUAGAGGGCGGUUUCAGCAAA